AUGAAGAGCUCUAGCCGUAAGUCCAGACACAGUCAUAAGGACCGCUCGUCUCGGCACAAAAGUCACAAAUCGCAUGACUUGAAGUUACCAAGGGGAGCACAAAAGAUUACAGAAGACGACUAUUUCCUGCGCCAACGAGAAUUUCGGGUAUGGCUGGCUCAAAAGAAGAACAAAUAUGUAGAAGAUUUGUCGACUUAUGAAGCUAUGGAUCUUUUUGUGAAUGAGUUUGCGAGAAAGUGGAAUCGUGGGAAGCUGUCGAAAUUAUUUUACGAAGGAUUACCCGAUGGUGUAGUGGAACAAACGAAGCGAACACGCCACCAAUGGAAUUUUGUGUCAAACCUUGGAGAUAAGGAGAGAUUUGAGCUCGCAACAGCAAAGGACUCUGUGGAUGUGGCUACAAAACAGAAGCAAUUGCUACUUGUUAAAGAUGAAAAGAAAGAAUUUAAACAAGAGGAAGAGAGACAUGGAAAAAGUCGACGAGAUCAAGCACACGAAAUUAACGAUUGGGAAAAGAAACGAAAUUGGCACAAAAUGAAUCGCAAAAAGGAUCGAGAGCACCGCGAUGUUGAACUAGAUGAAUUUGCGGUCAAAGCAACUGGAAGAGAAGCACAAAUUGAAAAGAGGCGCCAAAUUGCAGACAAGCUCCAUGGUGCUGCAAGAGAUCGUGAAGCUGCUCGGGACGGUUUAGACGUAAAUGAAGAUUUUUUAAUGGGUGGGCAAACUAGCAGUAAUGAGGAGCUUAAACGUCUCUUGGAUCGCCGCAAUUUGGUGCGUAGACGGAAGCUAGAGCAACAACAAACGAAAAUUUCGGAUCUGCAGGCAAAAGAGUCGGCACGCAUGGAAAAGUUUCUAAACGACAUGGGCCUGGCAAAUGUCAACGCAAAGGAUGGCAAACCCAUGACGAUUGCUCCUCGUCGAUAG